AUGGCUUCCUCUGGAAAUCUUUCCCGCACAGUAGCUCGUGCUGCUGCUCAAGUAUCAGAGUCUUCAAUUCGUACUUCUGCAACAAGAUCCAAUAGAUAUGAGCUCCAAGAGCGAUCUCUAUAUCUUUGGGUUUGGCCUGCACCCGUCAACUCUACAGAGAGGCGCUCAAUCUUAAAGGCACUUCAACAACAUGGGCCAGUCGAGUAUUUUAAAUGGCUACCAGGCCAGGGUUCUAGUAAAGUCUUGGGUUCCAUCUACAUAUCUUUGAUGAAAGAGAGCCAAGAUGCUGCCAAAGCUAUUUCUUCCAGUCCAAUCAGCAUUACGGUUCCCAAGUCUAGCACAGAGACAAUAUCUGUUGUCAAAAUAAAUGGUCGCAAAGCAGAGUUCCAGAAGCAAGACUCUUCAAAAACAGGGAGUUCCGAAUUUGUCGUCGAAAUUUCCGAGACUCUCACAUAUAGACAUGAACAAAGCGCCAAAAACUCACCUUUGACCAGACCGUGGCCUGAGUUUGUUGUAAAGUCUCCAACGCUCGCAUCCAAAACUCUACAGCACUCUCUUCCAGACAGCAUCGCGGCCGUUGGCUUGAGGCACUGGGAUGUGGACUUGGGUGUGCAAGAAGUGGCAGACAACAAACGAUUUGAAAGAGAGCAAAUGCGCAAUUGGCUCCCAAGCAAGAUAGCAGAUCUUCCCCCGAAAGCGAAAGCAGAACACGGUCAAAACGAAACAACACCCAUGGAUGGUUCGCCAGGGGCUUCGAUACAGACUUUGCCCGGGAUUUCCAUUGGCAGCUUGAUAGAAAAGACGGCAGAGGAGUCAACGGAGGAGUCAACAGAGGUUUCUGCUAAUGAGAUCGCAGAGACUUCAACGGAGACAUCCGCAGAGAUCUCGGUAGAGGAGUCAACAGCGUCGUCGACACAGGACUCCACUGAGGUUACAACAGAAAAUUCGACGCAGAGUGUGGCAGAGAAGUCACCUGAAGGUCAAAGAGACAACAAUCAAUAG